GGGCACCGGGGCGGGGCGGCGGCGCCUGCCCGCGGGCACGCACGAAAUGGCGGCGGCCGCUCCCUCCUCCCCCGGCGGGCAAGGUGCGCCCCAGGUGCCCGCCGCUAUAUGAGGCGGCGCGGCGGAGCGGCCCCGCUGCCCCCAUGGCGGCGCCCGCCAUGGCCGAGCCGCGCUCCAAGCGGCCCCGCGUGGCGCUGCCCGCCUGCCAGGCGCACCGCCCGCUGCCCGCCGGCCGGGUGAGGCAGAGCUUCCCGGUCGCCGUGGAGGAAGGCCUCUGCGGGGUCACCGGAGCCCUGCUGGAGCUCGCCUACAGCCUGCAGGCGCUGGGUGAAUAUUUUGAUCAAUCACAUGUGGCUCUACCAAAUGUUUCCAAGUUCUUCUGCCAUCAAGCUCUGGAAGAGAGAAAAGCUGCAGAGGCUUUGAUGGAGUAUCAGCAAGAAAGAGGAGGCCAUUACUGUGCUAAAACCAUCCAGAAACCAAACUAUGACUACACAGUCGGUCUGGUGAAAGCUCUGGAACUAGCAAUGGUACAGUGGAAAACUAUGACUCGGUAUUUUGAAGAACUUUAUGCCAUAAGCAUUGAAAAUGCAGACCCUCAUAGCGCAAGCACUAUCAAGAAACAAUUUAUUGGGCCCAAAAUCCGGAAGAUCAAGCUGAUGGGAGAUCUUCUGACCAAUGCUCGCAGGCUUGAUUGUUCCCAAGAUGGCAGAAAUAGUCUUGGUGAUUACUUUAUGGACCGGUUGCAGAAGGAGUUCAGAACAGGCAUAGAGUUGGAGUCCGGUCAGCAGUGCGGCCCCUGCCCACCUCUCCAGCAGGGUACAGGAGCUGCAGAAGGUUUGAAGCGACCCCAGAAAGAUUUUUUCCAGCACAGGAAUGACAUAGGGCCAAUAUAUGCAACCAUCCACUGCACUGCCACGCUGCCACAGUGUAAUAAUGACGGGAUAGGAGCAAAAGUGAAGCAGGGGAGGGAGGUAGUUUAAUGCUGUGGCUGUUGCAGCUAUGGGGCACCUCCUAAAGGCAGACCUGUGAAGAAGGGUGGCCUGGAGACGACAGCCCAGGAGACCUGAUGCUGUAUCACUCUACUGUUUUAUACCCUUUCCCUCAUCUUUUGAGCCACAGCUCAAAAUCCAGCCCAUACCAUUGUUUUGCUUAAAUGACAGCUAGGUUGCUAGUUAGCCUAGGUUGGCAGCAUUAAUCGUAUUUUUAUCUAUGCAAUUCUUCCUGGAAACCCAAAGCUUUUAGGCCUCUUCUGUCCUAAAUGGUUAAUGGGGUUAGCUCGUGCAAAUUAUUUUUAACAAUAUAUAUAACUCUUAUUCAAAACAAACUUUAGUACAAAGUAAUUUCUAUUUGAGAGAAAAGCUAAAUAUUUUUUUAUAUUACUAGAUAUUUUAUGCUAAUGUAAUGUAAUGAACUUCUUAAAAGACUUUUUUUAAAACCAGUUUUGUCUUCUAUCAUAGUAGCAGCUUAAAUAAGGAGUCCAAUUCAUUUAUUUACAGCCCAGCUGUUUCUAGUUGUAUGCUUCUCCAAGACGAAGGAUGCAAACAUUUCCUCACCAGUGGGAACAUGACUAUGUGCUGUUUUUCACUACACUUACUUGCCUUUUCUCAUCCUCAGAAAGCAGAUGAGGUAAAUCAGGGGUUCACAUCUAAUGUUCAAAAAGACUUGGACAGUACUUUUAGAUACGUGGUUUAACUCUUAGGUUGCCCUGUGUGGAGUCAGGAGUUGGACUCUGUGAUCAUCAGCAUAUUAUAUCAUGGGAAGUUCCUCUCGCCUCCUACAAGAGUGCCUCUCUUUCUCAACAUGGGCUGGCUACAAGAAGAGGAAGUGGCUAGAUCAGCUACAUAGCUUUUUUUUUUUUAAUAUACCACUUUUUUAUGCAUUUGGGUUUUGCUUUGUUGAAAGAUUCUUACACUUUUAUGUAACAGUGUAAAUGAUACACCUGUCAUGGUUGAAAAAUAAAUUCAGUUGAAUAUUAAAAAGUG